AUGAGAAUAUCGGAAAGAGGAAUGAAACUGGUCGAAUUUAUGUUUGCAACGAAUCUGAGAUUCCCUCCAACGAUUGGACGAGUUCGUUACAGUGAAUGGCUGGACGAAUGUGACGAAAACCCACCGGUAUUUGUCCUGUUUCCUAGCUGA